AUGAAUAACCAACAGUCAGUCAAAAGUAGUUCUGAUACUGGAGAUGUAGAAUCCGCGAUCAAAGUCGACAGUCCCAAACUCGAAUAUGAAAAGAUUGAUAUCGAGGAGCAUGGCCGUGACGACGUUGGCGUAUUUCCCCCAAAUGACGACCAAACCAAAAGCGGGAGUAACAGUCCUCCGCAAAUGAGCGGACUGCCCUUCUACGUGGCGAUGGGGUCCGUUACCCUAGGCGUUCUCUUGAUGGCUCUCAACAAUACAGCUCUAGGAACUGCCAUCCCCGCAAUCACAGCAGAGUUUAAUACCGUAGAUGAUGUUGGGUGGUAUUCUUCGGCGUCUCUAAUAGCAAAUUGUGUCAUGGUACCGUUCGUUGGGAAAAUAUAUAGGGGCUUUCGAAUCAAGCUCGUGUUUAUUAUCUUUAUAAUUAUCUUCGAGAUUGGAUCCUUGAUUGCAGCGUUAUCGACGUCUUCUAUGAUGCUCGUCAUUUCCAGAGCGAUAAGCGGUAUAGGGGGUUCCGGGAUUCUCAACGGUAGUUCUACGAUCGUCGCCGCCACCGUCCCGAUAGCGAAGCGGUCGUUUGUCAACGGUAUUAUACUUGGCUGCUUUGCCGUAGGCCAGGCAGCGGGCCCUCUAAUCGGCGGUGCUCUGACCCAGGGGCUGACAUGGCGCUGGUGCUUCUACAUCAACCUGCCCUUAGGUGGCCUGGUCGUUUUCCUAUUCGUAUUUGUAGUCAAGUUGCCUGUGACAAGGCUCUCAGAAAAGAAUACAUCUCUCCUGGAGCGGGUCCUUGACCUCGAUUUUGUCGGCUUUGCCAUCUUCGCCGCAGCGGCUAUAAUGUUCUUGAUCGGCCUGCAAUGGGGCGGCACUGAAUACCCCUGGAAUUCGCCGGUCGUCAUUGGACUUAUGUGCGGCGGAGUGGUAGCCUUUAUACUCGUUGGAUUCUGGUUCGCUUACAAGGGAGAUUCGGCCUUGCUACCGCCUAGGCUACUUCGUAGCCGCAUCAGCAUCAUGAUCACUAUCACCUCGUUCCUACAAAGCGGCGGGUCCAUUAAUUCACUAUUUUGGCUGCCCGUCUGGUUCCAAGCGAUCAAAGGUGUGGACGCUUUGCAGAGCGGUAUAAUGCUUCUUCCUAUAAUACUUUCGCAGCUCUUUGCAUCCGUAGUAUGCGGGGCUAUCGUUCAGAGGUCAGGCUAUUACCUCCCGGAAGUCGUCGGAGGGAACGCGCUGGUGGCGAUCGGAGCCGGGUUGACCUCGACCUUUUCUCUAACCACCUCCGAUGGGGAAAUAAUAGGAUAUCAGAUCUUGAUGGGUGCAGGUCGUGGCUUUGUCCUACAACUGCUUGUCCUUGCCAUGCAAGCGAACGUGCCUAGAGAAGACGCUUCGAUAGCAUCCGCGUACGCUAUGUUCUCUCAGCUACUUGGGGGCGCCAUCUUUUCGGCCGUCGCGAAGACCAUCUUCACCAGUUCUAUAGGAACAGCCCUCCAAGAGUUUGCUCCAGACAUCGAUCCGAGCUUACUGAUUAAUACCGGCGCGACUGAGAUAGCCAAAGUUAUCCCCCCGAACCAGGUAGAAGGUGCUCUCUUGGCAUACAAUCAAGCCAUCAACUAUAUAUUUUAUCUUCAAUUGGCUGCCGCAAGUUGUGCUUUUCUAACCGGCUGGGGAAUGGGAUGGAAAAAUUUAAAAGAGCUUAUGAAAAGUAUGGAUGAGUACGAUUUCAUUAUUGUCGGUGCUGGACUCUCUGGAGUCGACGCCGCUUACCGCCUGAAGACUCAGCUGCCAGACUGCUCCUACACCAUUCUAGAAGCACGAAAUGAGGUCGGCGGCACUUGGUCAUUCUUCAAGUUCCCCGGUAUCCGGUCGGACUCUCAGCUUACAUUGUUCGGCCUUCCGUGGCGGCCAUGGAUACACGAUACGGAUAUGGCUAAAGCGCAUCUCAUCAGGGAAUAUAUAGAGGAUGCUGCACGAGCUGAAGGUAUCGACAAGAAGAUCCAGUUCAAGCACCAGGUCACCGGUGUCAGUUGGUCUUCAGAGGAACAGCGGUGGACUCUGGCGGUUAAUGCAGAUGGCCUCGCAAAGGAGUACAAGGCCAAAUUCUUGAUCACCUGCUCGGGGUAUUAUGAUUACGCCAAUCCGCUUAAGGCCGAAAUACCUGGCAUCGAGAAGUUCCAAGGCACGGUCGCGCACCCUCAGUUCUGGCCCGAGGACCUCGAUUAUGCUAAUAAGAAAGUCGUUAUCAUCGGAUCUGGCGCUACGGCUAUUACUAUGCUACCCGCCAUGGCCGAGACCGCGGGCCACGUUACGAUGCUUCAAAGAAGCCCAUCCUACGUUAUUAGCCUGCCCCUAUCGGACCCUGUUGGAAGGUGGAUCAGGAAGAUUUUCCCAAAGAGUAUAGCUCACUCACUCAACUGGUGGCGAUGUUUUAUCGAGGAACAUGUCUUUGUUUACUUUUGCCUCACCUUCCCUAAUCUAGCAAGGAAGCUCGUCGUGCGCGAUAUGAAGAAACAAUUACCCGCCGAUAUUGAUGUGAACGUUCAUUUCAAUCCUAGGUAUAAUUUGUUCGAACAACGAGUGGGACUAUGUCCAGACGGGGACUUUUUCCGAGCUCUACACCGAGAUAACUGUGAUAUUGUUACCGACCAUAUCGAGACGGUCACGGCGGAUGGCAUUCUUACCAAGUCAGGAAAGAAGCUUGACGCAGAUAUUAUCGUGACGGCCACAGGUCUUCACGUCCACCUAUUUGCAGGAAUCACCCCGAUCGUGGAUGGACGCCCUGUGGAUAUAGGAACUUGCUAUGCUUGGAGAGGAGUCAUGGUUACUGAUAUACCAAAUUCAGGAGCCGUGAUGGGGUAUACGAUAAGUUCCUGGACGCUCGGUGCCGAUAGCAGUAUCAAGCUGCUCAUCAAAAUAUGGAAGCAUAUGCAGAAGACUGGCGCUACGUCGGUUGUGCCUGUCAACACACAAUCUGACCUUGCCUCGUCUAAGCCGGUCGUAGAACAUAGCUCGACCUACUUUGUCAUGGCGCAGGAUAGGUUGCCUAGGAUCACGGGUAUAUCUCCGUGGUAUGGUCGCACGAAUAGCAUAUAUGAUCAUCUAAAGCUGUGGUUUGGUAGUAUUACGAAAGGGCUGCAGUACACGUAUCCAUCAAAGAAGAAUGAUUGA